GGGCUCGGCCCCGGGCCGGGCGGAACCUGGAGGGUAGAGGUGGGUGGUGCUAGGCUGGGUCAGCUGAGUGACAGUCACGCGACAGCACUCCGCUCUGUGUGGCUUCCUGGAAGACAGGGAGUGAUGAGCCGGGGUCUCCGAGUGUGGCAGGACAUGGAGAAGGAACAAGAGACGCUGCGGGCCUGGAAGGAUCGCGUGGCGCGCGAGCUGGAUCGCGUGGUGGCUUUCUGGCUGGAUCAUUCCCACGACCAGGAGCAGGGGGGCUUCUUCACGUGCCUUGGCCGCGACGGGCAGGUGUACGAUGACCUCAAGUACGUCUGGCUGCAGGGGAGGCAGGUGUGGAUGUACUGUCGCUUGUACCGCCAGUUUGAGCGCUUCCGCCGCCCGGAGCUUUUGAAUGCAGCUAAAGCAGGUGGCGAGUUUUUGCUGCGUUAUGCCCAAGUGGCACCUCCUGCAAAGAAGUGUGCCUUUGUGCUGACCAGGGACGGCCGCCCAGUCAAGGUGCAGCGGACCAUCUUCAGCGAGUGUUUUUACACCAUGGCCAUGAACGAGCUGUGGAGGGUGACCGGGGAUGCACGGUACCAGAACGAAGCCAUGGAGAUGAUGGAUCAGAUCGUGAGCUGGGUGCGGGAGGACCCCUCUGGGCUGGGCCGGCCCCAGCUCCCUGGGGCCCCAGCCUCAGAGUCCAUGGCGGUGCCCAUGAUGCUGCUCAACCUGGUGGAGCAGCUUGGGGAGGCGGACGAGGAGCUGGCAGGCAUCUCUGCGGAGCUGGGGGACUGGUGCGCUCAGAGGAUUCUGCAACAUGUGCAGAGGGGUGGGCAGGCUGUGCUGGAGAACGUGUCAGAGGAUGGUGAGGAACUCUCAGGCUGCUUGGGGAGACACCAGAACCCAGGCCACGCGCUGGAGGCUGGCUGGUUCCUGCUCCGUUAUGCCAUCCAGAGAGGUGAUGCCAAACUUCGAGCCCACGUGAUUGACAAGUUCCUACUGUUGCCUUUCCACUCUGGAUGGGACCCUGAGCAUGGUGGCCUCUUCUACUUCCAGGAUGCUGAUGGCCUCUGCCCCACCCAGCUGGAGUGGGCCAUGAAGCUCUGGUGGCCACAUAGUGAAGCCAUGAUCGCCUUCCUCAUGGGCUACAGUGAGACUGGGGACCCUGCCUUGCUGCGCAUCUUCUACCAGGUGGCUGAGUACACCUUCCACCGGUUUCGCGAUCCAGAGUACGGGGAAUGGUUUGGCUACCUGAAUCGAGACGGGAAGGUCGCCCUCACUAUCAAGGGGGGUCCUUUCAAAGGCUGCUUCCACGUGCCACGGUGCCUGGCCAUGUGCGAGGAGAUGCUGAACAGCCUGCUGAGCCGCCUCGCUCCGGCCUCAGCCCUCAGCACCCGGUCUCCGCCCGCUGGUCCCGCCCGCCCGGGCGCAGAAUAAAACGAAGCCUGUUACACUGUC